AUGGCGGAGAAGGAGAAGCAAAAACAAAAGCAGCACAAGAAGCCCAAACACCAGCACCCAUCCAAAUCGGUGAAAUCCCCACCCUCCGCCGCCCCCGAUUACUCCUUCAAGCCCAGCUCCGAAGUAAAAGGGCUCCGAUUCGGCGGCCAAUUCAUCGUCAAAUCCUUCACAAUCCGCCGCGCCCGCCCUCUAGAGCUCCUCAAGCUCCUCUCCUACCCUCCCACCACCACCACCGCCGCCGACAAAAAGAAGACCACCACUCCGCCGCUCCCGACCACCGCCGCGUUCCUCCCGACCAACUUCACGAUCCUGGCCCACCACGCGUGGCACACCCUCACGCUCGGCCUGGGGACCAGGAAGUCGAAGGUGGUGGUGUUCGUAUUCGAGUCGGAGCAGCUGAAGUGCGCCGCCGCGGACCGGGGCUGGCCGGCCGAGAUCCCGCUCGGGGAGGUGAACCGGAGGCUGGUCCGCGGUCUGACCGGGUGCGAGCUGGCCCGGUUCAAGUUCCGGAAAGGGUGCAUCACUUUUUACGUGUACGCGGUCAGGAGGGAAGGGAGCGCCGGGUUCGGCGGGUUCGGGGAAGAUCUGAGACUGGUUCUCCAGUCGGUGGCGUCGCUCAACGAUUUCUUGGACCAUACGGCUAUGCUCGCCAUGCCCAACCAGCGAUCCAUUGAUUUCGCCGCUGUACCGCCGCUCGCGGCCAUGGCUCAUUAA